CUAAAAAUGUCCACUGUGACGUAAAUUCGAACAAAAACAUUGUCAUAAAACUGUUACAUUCAAGUUGAUUCUGGGCAUAAUUCUAUAGCUCCUGGAAGGCGGAGGAAGAUUUCGGACAACAGGAUACAAGGAAAAUUGUAAACCAUGUUGAAGAUGGACAAAUUUGCGAUUCGCCUGGUAUACUUCUGUUCACUGUCCGUCAGUUUCCUGGCCUCCCACGAGCAUGACCACAGGCCCAAUCGGCUUGACACCGAUCCGGACAUGGACCUGAUGCCCAUGACGCGCUUUUGGCACAGCUACACGACCCCAAGACCGAUGACCCUCAGGGAUCCUAUGAUAUUACCUGGCAUGCCCCACGAGCCCAAAGCUUCAGAAGAUUACGAAUAUUACAAUUAUGAAGACGAACUCGGGGUGGAAGUUGGUAUGACCAGCAGUGGUCACGUGGAUUAUCAUUUGGAGAGUACCACGCAUGCGCAGGAAGAGGAAUAUGUCUAUACAGAUGCGGGAGCUUCGAAUGCCAAGAACGAAUUUUUCGUGAAUUCUGCUGCAAGAUUGCCUUCAUGGCGUUGGGCUGCUCUUUUCAGCACGGCUUUAUCACUAUUGCUUCUUUGAUUUCCCCACCCCACCCCCUCUAUCAAUAUGAGGCAUGUCUUCGUUGGAAGUAGUUUAUCAAAGAAAAAUCUGUAUCAUCUUUCAGUGUUUGUUGACAACAGGUCCUCUUCUGUGAGCAGAUUUUUAUCGUGUAAAGUUCACUGUAUAGUGUUAUGAUGAUUUUGUUUCAUUGUUAUGUUUAGCUGUACAUAUUAAUUUGGAAUAUAUUUUGGAUUUUUCUAUCUUACAAUGAAAUAGAAUAAAACGCGAUUGUUGUUAAGAAAGAUUGCUGUUGAAAUUUAAAUGUACGUAGUAUUGUAAGCAUUCAGAAAUCUAGGGAUUUAUUUUAAUCGGAGCAAUUCAGAAUUAAACUAUUAUCUGCAUAAGCGAUUUUUUCCAGCGAUUUAUAAUUAUUAAGUUGGAACUGAGUAAGUUAGCUUUCUUUAUUAGUAAAUUACAGCGAAAUGUGAUAAAUCAUGUUAAUUGUUGAAGAAAAUGAAAGUAUUGGAUGGACGCAAAAUACUCUUUUCUUGACACAGCUGCAGAAUUACUCGUGCGAUUUUUAAAAAUAAUUACUAAUUCCAUAUAAUCCUAUGUAUUAUGUUAUUUCAUUUGAUAACAAACGAUUCUUACUGUUGAUUUUCAUAAUCGUGUCAUACAUUUUUGAAUUAUGUAAUUUUUUUAAAUGUCACGAAUUAAUUUUUUUUUUCUGUUUACAAAGAAAUGCAUAUGAAAAAUACAAAUUUGAAUUGAUUUUUGAUAUGAGAAUACACUUCUUAUUUUAUAUGAUGCAAUUUUGAACAAAAAGAUAAAAUCUUGCAAUCAUGUGUGAUAUCGGUAGUUGUGUUGUCAGCAGCUGGUAUCAAUUAUCGUUUUCAUCUGACGGAAAAUUUCAGCUGUGUUGCAUCAGCUUUUUAACUGCUGUUUAUCUGCAUAUGUUUACAUUUUUUAAAUUGUAACUGCACAUUUAUUUUAAAGAUAAAAUUUUUUUUGCAUAUUAUUAUAUUAUUUUGCGUGUAUAUUUUUUAUGCAGUAACAGUUGAAAAUCAAUUUUAACAUAAGAUCUCCAGAAAUUUCUAUGUAAUUUUUUACAAAAAGAAGCGAUAAAAAUAUAUUUUGCCAUUCCAGCUAAGAUGAUGAGCUUUAAUUUAAUAUAUAGAAUAUUUAUGUAUUAGAAUCUUAUACAAAUUUCUCAUACGUGAUUUAAUCAAAUUAUUUUCAUAUUUGUUAACUGCUAAGCCACAAAAUUAUGUAUUCAUUUAAAUUCACGAUAUAUUUUUGUUUUAUGUAGAAGUAAUUUAUUUAAAAAAUAUGUCAAUACAUUUUUUUCCCCUUCAAAAUUCUAUUCUAGUUAAUCAUACCGUUAUUACCCAUUAUAUCAGUAUGUAUAAAGAUUAACUUAUAAAUGAUGAUUUAUCUAAGUAAAUGAAAUUGGUACCAAAUAUUUACUAAAAAUACGGCAUAUUACUCAGCGGUGCAUAUAUUAAUUUAUAUUUAAAUUUCACUUAAAAAAAAAGUGUAGAUUCGAGAAUUUUUAAUUUUAUAUAUAUAUAUAUAUAUAUGAAAAAGCCUAAAUAAACUGAAUUGAAAAUCUUGAUUUAUUUCGUAUUUAUGUGAUGUACAUUUUAUAUUUCUGUAAUUUUAUUAUUAAUAAUUUGUCAACCGAUUACUAUAAACAUAUCGCUUUGAAUCGAAAGGUAUAGCAAACUGGCUGUUCUGGAGUUUUGAACUGAAACUGAGUCAGUAACCUUUCUUUUUUAUGAAUGGAAUUAUUAUCAAUGUGUAUUUUCGAAGUAAAUAAUGAUGCUAAAAUGAAUUGUUUUGCAUUGAAAUUGGUAUUUAUUUCUGUUAUAUUAUGCACAAGUAAUAUUAAUAUUUUGUAUGAUAGAAAUAAAAAUUUGAAAACUAAAA